UUUCCUAACAUUCUUCUACGUACCACUCUUGUUUCUUUGGUUCUUCCCUUUUGCAAGAUCCCAAUAAUGGAUUUUCUUUAAUCUCCAACUGAAUUUGCAGGUCUAAAGAGUAAUGCACUAUUAUUGUUGAGUCUAUAAACAGAAGUAAAAGAUAGCAAGAAAUGGUGACCAUAAAGAAUUUUUUCAAGAAGGCUUCUUCAGAUGAAAACAAAGAAAAACUGCUGCCAAAUGAUUAUGAUGAAAGAAAAGGCUGCUGCAAUUGUUUCAGUCCAUUGAAUGAUAGGUUUACAAGUUUUUUCAACAAUUUACAAGAUUUUGCUAAGAAAGCAAUCGAGAUGGGUCGCAACGAUCCUCGAAAAAUUAUUUUUUCCUUAAAGAUGGGAUUUGCAUUAUCUUUUGUGUCUCUUCUCAUUUUCUGGAAGAAACCUAAUGAUAUUGCUCAGUUCGCAAUUUGGGCAAUCUUAACGGUUCUUGUUAUGUUUGAGUUCAGCAUAGGAGCAACCUUAAUUAAAGGAUUUAAUCGUGGUUUGGGGACGUUUUGUGCUGGGAUGCUUGCCUUCAUCUUUGCUCAAUUAGCAUUGUGGGCUGGAGAAAGGGAAAGAGUUGUAAUUGUUGUGAGCAUUUUUAUCGUAGCAUUUUUUGGAUCAUACUUGAAGCUAUACCCAACAAUGGCACCAUAUGAAUAUGGAUAUCGAGUAUUUAUCUUGACGUAUUGUAUCCUAAUUGUGGCUGGAAACAGGACUAGAGAGUAUAAUGUGGCAAUUUGUACUCGUUUGGCACUAAUUGCUCUUGGUGCUGGUAUUUGCUUGUUGAUUAAUAUUAGUAUUUACCCCAUCUGGUCUGGUGAAGAUUUGCAUCGUUUGGUGGUUAAGAAUUUCAUGGAUCUUGCAAAUUCUUUGGAAG